AUCAAUGGAAAUAGAGUUCAUUCUCCUGGGACUGACAGAUGACCCACAAUUGCAAAUUGUGAUUUUCAUGUUUCUCUUUCUUAAUUACACAUUGAGCCUGAUGGGGAACUUAAUCAUUAUCCUCCUCACCCUGCUAGAUCCUCGCCUCAAGACACCAAUGUAUUUCUUUCUCCGUAAUUUCUCAUUUUUAGAAAUCAUAUUCACAACAGUAUGUAUUCCCAGAUACUUGAUAACCAUUGUAACUAGAGAAAAAACCAUCUCAUAUAAUAAUUGUGCAGCUCAAUUAUUUUUUAUUCUUUUACUGGGAGUUACAGAGUUUUACCUUCUGGCUGCUAUGUCCUAUGACGGCUAUGUUGCCAUCUGUACACCCUUGCAUUACCCAAUCAUUAUGAACAGCAGAGUGUGCUAUUGGCUUGUACUUUCCUCUUGGCUAACCGGAUUCCUAAUCAUCUUUCCUCCAAUGCUUAUGGGACUCAAACUCAAUUUCUGUGCUUCCAAAAUAAUUGAUCACUUUAUGUGUGAAAAUUCUCCUAUCCUGCAGAUAUCCUGCACAGAUACAUGUGUCCUAGAAUUGAUGUCUUUUAUCUUUGCUGUGGUGACCCUUGUGGUCACACUUGUCUCCUACACUUGCAUCAUGAAGACCAUUAUGAAAUUCCCUUUGGCACAGCAAAGGACCAAAGCUUUUUCCACUUGUACUUCCCAUAUGAUUGUUGUCUCCAUGACUUAUGGGAGCUGCAUCUUUAUGUAUAUUAAACCAUCUGCCAAAGAAAGGGUGACUGUAUCCAAAGGCGUAGCUUUGCUGUAUACCUCAGUUGUCCCUUUACUAAACCCCUUCAUUUAUACCCUAAGGAACCAGCAGGUGAAAGAAAUCUUCUGGGAUAUGUUACAAAAGAUAAUUUCCAUAUAUAAAGUAUGA